CAUUCGCUCAAGCUUUUCUCGAGUUCACACGCCUGACUCCAAACAAGUCCGGGCCGUUUGUGACCUACGUUGGAUCAGAUCUGGGCCACGAAACCCUACACCAGAUAACUGCACGACAGUAUGGGAACGGCAACACAGCAGGUCCUGGCUCUGCCAGAGCUUCUAUCUACGAUUCUUCAACACGUACAUGCCGAUCAGUCACUCCUUAGCUGUAUGCUUGUGAAUAGCCUCUGGGAGCAUGAAGCAACCACAAUCCAAUGGGCCGAAGUCGACGAGCUACCACUCCAGAACACGGAUCCUGACCGACAGCAAUAUUACUCCGAUAAAGUGCGGAAGUGCUCAGUCAAGCUUGACGACGCCGCCGAGUCAAUGCUGUCGCUUGUGAACCACCGAUCACUGGUCUUCCCUAGGCUAAAAUCAGUCAAGCUCCACGGUUAUCAAUGGGAUAAGCCAACAAUAUGCGACUCCAGGCUUCAUCCAUUAUUGCCGUCAACUUUGCGGAACAUCGAAAUCGAGCUCCACGACUUAGACAACUUGCCAUCUCUGCUGGAAUUAACUGCGGUACGAAAGUCUUUUAUUUCGCUUCGUUUCGAAGUGGCGUCUCUUCACUUUGUCUAGUUACCUGGGUGACUUGGCAUAGUUCGGUCUCUUCUUCAUGCUGCAUACUUUGUUCUUCUCGAGGGCCGGGAAAUCUUCUUAAUCAUACUUAGGAUUAUGUCAAUGUUCUAUUCGGUUUCACCGCCGCCACGUUUCGUCACAGGUCGUUCAAUCAUUGGGGCCCCGGGAUCUGGCGAAUUUCGCUACCCUCUUUUUCAAGCUGCGAGGUCAAUAAUCGACGAAACCGUGCGGCUAACAUGUUAACGUAGAAACGUUGCAAUCAAGUGACGAAAGUCACACUUGCUGAUUACCAAAAAAGGUGGCGAGGGUUGCGGAGGAACGUCCGGCUGG